AUGGCGCCGAUCAUCCACGAGGAGUCUGGACUGACUGAAAUGCAGCAGCAGAUUUCAGAAAUUGUGCAGCAUGGAGUAAUAGAUCCAAAUUUUACAUUCAGUAAUGCGGAAUUCGAACUUUUGUCAACGCUGCGCUACGACCCAGGGUUCACGACAGCCAACAGUUCAACGAUUCGCAAUGAAACAAGCGGUGACUUUACAAGGUUUGGGCUUCAAUUAGACGCAGUUGUUGAUCCCCAGCUGUCUGAUCUAGAUCUGCAAGGUUCUUUCGCAGGCGAUUCGCCAAUCGAUAAUGGCAGGUCGUUGCUAGAAUCAUUUCAAGGUUUGCAGAGGGGUAUACCCCCCAUGUCACCACCUCCAGAACCAGAGGACGAACCUACCUGUGAUAAAUCGGAAGACGAAUUGUUAGAGGUCUUCUAUAACCGAUUCCUUCUCCUGGGCGAACACAUUCAACGUCUCAGAUUGGGUUUGAGAUUCUUUGGUUGGGGAUUUGACAUUUCCCUUCCGUUGCUGCUCGAGAAACUGAUUUUAGGAAUACCGUGUCCUAUGGAUGCGGCCACAAAUUUGCAUACCAGAAUGAAGAGUUUGUUUUACGCCAACACGAAAUACAAGAUGCGCGUUCUAGUGUCCCAUGCGGGGGUAUUGCGAAUAGAAGCACAUGAAAUCCCACAGGCAUUGGAUUAUUUUUCAACCCCGACACAGUAUUUCAUUAGCACAGUUCUCAAUGGGUUUCUGGCCAGCCCCGAAGAAAUAUGGGACGUUUUCAUCGAUUCUCAAACAACGACAGCGUCCCCUUUUACCACCUUUAAAACCACGCGCAGAGGACACUACAAUGAUGCGAGGGCUCGCAUGGAGGAAAUGCGAGCGGUCAUAGAAAAGCCGGCAGCCAAGGCCGAGAUCUUAAUUUACAAUAACACUUUCGAACUUAUGGAGGGAUCCAUCACAAAUGUAGCGGUUUUGCGUUCAGGUAAUAGUGAAUCAAGCUUUUACUAUCAAACUCCUUAUCUGUCUACUGGCUGCUUGUGUGGUGUUAUGAGAUAUUAUUUAUUGAAAAAGAAGCUGAUCAAUGAGGGCAGCAUAGAUGUUCGACAAUUAAAAGUUGGAGAUCAUCUUCUUCUAUUUAAUGGUGUCAUGGGCUGUGUGAGAGGCGUUGUCCGUAACUCCCUUGAGUAG